GUGUCAACCGGCAGGUGUCCCUCGCUCUGAAGUCUAGCAGUCACACGAGACUAUUAGUAAACCUAAUAUUAUCCCAAUAUCUACAUGCAGAAAAUUGGAGACCCUGGAUAAAAAGGCAGCGCACCAGAGCGGCACGCAGUGUAUUGAGCAGGCUGGGGUCUUGAGAUUGGUUUGAGCAGGGAUGAGUACCCGGCAGUAAGGAAAAGAACGGUAGAGGUAUAAAGGACCAAAUACCUAUACGGAUGCUGUGGAGAGCAAGAGUCGACACAAAUCUCUCUCUCCUUCCUUCCAUCUCUCUCGCUGUCACUCUCACCACUUCCAUGCUCCCGUGGUAGAUAGCACAGCACUCUCGGCUCAGCUGCAUGGAGGCACAAGGAGGGGCAGGUAGCCCAGAAACCAAUAAAGACAUCCAAAAGUUGCUGAAGCCUUCCAGCUCAGGGGACCUGUCCAAGGAGUUGUACCACCACCAGUUGGGGGAGGAGGAGGGGGGGCUCCCAGGACACACUGCUGGCCUGCUGCACGUCACAGAGAGGAGGCAGCCUCUGAGCAGCGUUUCCUCCCUGGAGGUUCACUUUGACCUCCUGGACCUUACGGAGCUGACUGAUAUGUCUGACCAGGAGCUGGCUGAGGUGUUCGCUGACUCCGAUGAGGAGAACCACAACGAAUCACCAGCAGGCCACCACCAGCCACCACUGCCCAGGGGAGGAUACAUGCGCUCGCCCUCAUGGACCCGUUGCAGCAAGGCCGAGCCCCCAAGGGAGAGGAAGCACCACAGCGACUCUGACACCACCGCAGAGCCCUUAAUGAAGCUGGAGAGGCCUAAGCAGCCCUGAGGGCCUGGAGGUCUCAGGGGAGGCCCAGGGUCUGGAGAAAGAGGAGCCCAGAAUGAACACACCGAGAGCGGGUGCAGAGAUCACACUAACUGCCCUGGCACUCAGACAUCCAUGGUCAUGGAGGAAAUCUGAACUGAGCUGUCAACGCUGUGCACUGUAUUAUAAAGGAAACAUAAACGAUGGCUGUGAGUGAAGUACACACACACUCGCAGACACACACCAAAUUACAGACACAUAUCUGUAGAAUCACACACACACACACACGCGUACUGAUUGUGUUUUCCACACAAGGGGUUCCUGUGGCACAAACUGGAGGGCCAGUGUGCUUGGGGUGUUUGUUUGGUCGGACCAGCAGGGUAUGAGGCUGACCCAGUGGCCAGGCCUGCAGCAUCUUCGAGUAGGACAGUGGGCUUGGAGGGGUGGGACACACCCUGACAACUAUGGAACCCUUGCCGACAAAUAAUGACAUAGCGAGGUCAGGUUAUGGAAAAUACCCACUAAGUAUGCUAACAGAUGACUGAAACAUGUUGGUCAAUAUGGGAAAAUAAGGCAAUUUGUUAAUGUCUUUUGUAAUUAGAAUAAGAGUCUGAGCUGAAUUUAUUGCAUAUUUUUCUGCCUUAAAGUGGCAAGGGCCAUCUGCUUUUCCACUGAUUGACGUUUGAGUUCUUGGUCGGUCAUAAUUGUUUCUUUUCAUCUUGUCUCUCAUCUUUCCCUUUCUCUCUGCCUAAGAGGAAACCAGUGUGGCCCCAGUAUACUAAAUGUAUUUGCAGAUGAGCAGUGCCGAACACCCCUUCUUACCAACAUCACAUUUAAAAAACGGGAUCUACUCCUAUGCCAAACCAGGGGAAGUGGGGAUGGGUGCUGACAAAAAUAAA